ACUGCGGAGGGGCCGCGGCCGAUGGAGGCGGCGGGGGGAGCGGCCCCGGCCCCGGCCCCGGCCCCGGGCAGGGCUCGUCCGGGCCAGCCCCCCCAACAGCCCCCCCAACAGCCCCCGCCCAAGAGCCGGGAGCUCUUCAGGAGCCAGCGGAAGGAGUCCGAGGGCUCGGUGGAUUGCCCCAACCUGGAGUUCGAAUACGGGGAUGCCGACGGCCACGGCGCCGAGUUAGCAGAGCUGUACAGCUACACCGAGGAGCCCGAGCUCAGCACCAACAGGAGAUGCUUCGAGGAGGAUUUUCACGCUCAAGUGCAGGGCAGGAGGUGGCUGGAGCUGGACCAGGCUCAGCAGAAGGCCUACGUCAUGCGCCUGCUGGAUGGGCUGGAGGUGGUCAACAGGGACAAGCGGCUCAAAGUAGCACGGGCCAUCCUCUACCUGGCACAGGGUGUCUUCGGAGACUGUGAUAACGAAGGUGAUGUCCUGCACUGGUCUCGGCACAACAGCUUCCUCCUGUACCAGCUGGGAACCUUCACCGCCUUCCUGGAGCUCCUCAACAUGGAGAUCGACAACAGCCAGGCCUGCAGCAGCGCCCUGAGGAAGCCGGCCAUCUCGCUGGCCGACAGCACGGAGCUCAGGGUGCUGCUCAGUGUCAUGUACCUGAUGGUGGAGAACAUCCGUGUGGAGCAGGAGGAGGAUCCCCCUGAGUGGAAGACCUGCCGGGAGACCUUCAGGAUGGAGCUGAGUUUCCCCGUGCACACUGAAGAGCCAUUUGCUCUUCUGCUCUUCACAAUGGUGACAAAGUUCUGCAGUGGCCACGCUCCACACUUCCCCAUGAAGAAGGUGCUCCUCCUGCUCUGGAAGGUGCUUCUGUUCACGCUGGGUGGAUUUGAAGCUCUGCAGGCGAUGAAGGUGAGGAAGCGGGAGGAGCUGGGGCUGCCGCCCUUGCCGGAGGACAGCAUCCAGGUGAUGCGCAGCAUGCGUGCCGCUUCGCCUCCCACCUACUCCAUCGAGCUCAUGGAGCAGCAGCAGCAGAAGCGGGGUCACCGCAGCCGGAGGCCCCUGGUGAAGCAAGACAGUUUGGAUAUCUACAACGAGAGAGACCCCUUCAAGAACGAUGAAGCAGGAGUGGAUGAAGAGGAGAACGAUGAUGUGGACAGCGGGAUCGAGGGGGAACUGGACCUGAUGGAGCGGGACGCGAUUAUCCCCGCGAUGCCUGCUCAGCGCCCACCCAUCGAAAGGGUGUCAUUCCCCAAAGGGCUCCCCUGGGCCCCCAAAGUCAGACAGAAAGACAUCGAGCAUUUCCUGGAAGCGAGCAGGAACAAAUUCAUCGGAUUCACGCUGGGACAAGACACCGAAACCCUGAUCGGGCUACCACGGCCCAUCCAUGAAAGCGUGAAGACACUGAAGCAGCACAAGUACGUUUCCAUCUCCGACGUCCAGAUCAAGAACGAGGAGGAGCUGGAGAAGUGCCCCAUGUCUCUGGGGGAAGAGGAAGUCCAAGAAACCCCUUGUGAGAUCUUGUAUCGAGCAAUGUUGUACAAUCUCCCCCAGUAUAUGAUAGCGUUGCUGAAGAUCCUCCUCGCUGCAGCGCCCACCUCUAAAGCCAAGACUGACUCCAUCAACAUCCUGGCGGACGUGUUGCCUGAAGAGAUGCCCAUCACCGUUCUUCAGAGCAUGAAACUGGGGAUUGACGUGAACAGACACAAAGAGAUCAUCGUGAAGAGCAUCUCGGCUUUGCUGCUGCUGCUCCUCAAGCAUUUCAAGCUGAAUCACAUCUACCAGUUUGAGUACGUGUCCCAGCAUUUGGUGUUUGCCAACUGCAUCCCGCUGAUCCUGAAGUUCUUCAACCAAAACAUCAUGUCUUAUAUCACUGCCAAAAACAGCAUCUCCGUCCUGGAUUAUCCGCAUUGUACAGUCUGCGAUUUGCCCGAGCUCACUGCAGAAAGCCUGGAAGCCGGAGACAACAACCAGUUCUGCUGGAGAAAUUUAUUCUCCUGCAUCAACUUGCUGAGGAUCCUCAACAAGCUGACCAAGUGGAAGCACUCGAGGACAAUGAUGCUGGUAGUCUUUAAGUCAGCCCCAAUACUGAAGCGAGCUCUGAAGGUGAAGCAGGCCAUGAUGCAGCUGUACGUCCUCAAACUGCUGAAAAUCCAGACCAAAUACCUGGGGCGCCAGUGGAGGAAGAGCAACAUGAAAACCAUGUCUGCCAUUUACCAGAAGGUGCGGCACCGCAUGAACGAUGACUGGGCUUACGGCAACGAUAUCGAUGCCAGACCAUGGGAUUUCCAGGCUGAAGAAUGCACCCUGAGAGCCAACAUCGAAGCCUUCAACAGCCGGCGAUACGACAAACCUCAGGACUCAGAGUUUGCGCCGGUGGACAACUGCCUGCAGAGCGUGCUGGGACAGCGGCUGGAGCUCCCCGAGGACUUCCACUACUCCUACGAACUCUGGCUGGAGCGGGAGGUGUUUUCCCAGCCCAUUCGCUGGGAGGAGCUGCUGCACUACCAGUGAGAGCGACACCUUCACCUGCGCCCGGUCCCACCUCAAUGAGGACUCAAGGUGCUACAGGCUGAGGAAAGGAAGGUUAUUUUGGCCCUGGGUGUUCUUAAGCGCAGCUGGAAAAAAAUUAGAGUCUUUCCAAAGAGACCAAGCCUCUUUGUAUCUACCCAGACACCUCCGAGUAUGCAACUGCCAUCAUUUUGGAGGUCAUCCCUUUCCUGUGACUUCUUGGAGACCAUACAGUAUCAACGGGCCUGCAUAGAGGUCACGGACCAGGUUGCAGCGUCACGCUGGUGGCAGUGUCAAGAGUGAGCUUAUCUGGUCUUUACUGCAGAUUGACACCAGUGUACGGGAGCUUGGAGUCCAGGUCUGUCUCUUAGCUUGGAUCACGCAUGUAAGUUUGUUGUAAGAGUAUCUCAACGGUGAAAGGUUUUCAUCUCUCCCAAAUGCCCCACGCUAUGCUCAAUUCGUUUUCAUUUAUUCAGUUAUGGCAGUCUGAUAAUGUGAUUCAAACACCCUACUGCCCCGAACAAGCUUCCCUAAUGAAGCUGCAAAUAAGAAAUCAUGUCACUGUCUGUGACAGUCUCAAGCAGAGGUGACAGGUUGACUUGACCAAAGGAGAUGAUGACAUUACCCCUUGUCCCCGGGCUGCCGUUGCUGCUGCUGGGAUUGUACAACCCAACUUACAGAGGCUUGCUUCCACAACUGAUAAGUUUUGCAUCGUUCACCAAGAUAAUAAUCCAUUACCUUUUCCACCGCCCCCCCUUCACUUACCAUUUGUAUUCAAGUAAAAUGAUCAGUAAGCUGUGCAGUGUUUAGAGCUGUAGAGGUUGAUUGCCACGUUUCUCUCCACCUGAUUGUUUUUGAAGGAUAAUUACUGCAGGUAACUUUCUUUUAGCUCUUCUAACCCUAGAGAAGACAGUAAAUGCCACAUUAAAUAACCUAAUUUUUACAGAGAUUUUUGGUUAUGUGGGGGAAGGUUUGUGCCAAACCCUAAAGUGGGGAGGAAAACUGCUUUGGCUAACACUUCAUUGCCAUCGUAUGAGGAAAAGAGCAGACACUGCGGUCCGUAACUUUCAGAAUUAACGGCAUAUUGAGCUGUAAGCUUUCUGUAAGCUACUCUUGGGUAAAGCUGCGUUGCAUGAGGAUGGCAGCUGAAGGUAGGCUGGUAACCCUUGGGGCUGCCCCACUUAAUGAAUCUCAGCCCUUGGUACCGUGCAGGGUGACAGUCCCUUCUCCUCGGCCAACAGCCCACACCAAAAUGGCAGGCUGGGCUUCAUAGUACUCUCUUUAGUAUUAUAACUGAGCCUGCAAACUAUAAUCUUUCUCUACAAAAUGUUAUCGGUCCAGCACAGGGAAUCCUGGAUCUAACUUCCCCCCUGGCCAUGAAACCAGGAGUUCAGCUUUUGUCAAAGCAGCAUGUGUUAACAUAGUGCAGGCAAGAACUUAGGCCAUACCGUUAUCGAUAUAUCCAGCACACAAGUGAUAAAACCACAAGUAUUUGUUAUGACAGGAUUUGUGCUUUUUUCUGUGGAAUGAAACUGAGAAUGUUUCCUUAAUGUGGUUUGUAAAAGGCAUUUUUCAAAGAAAUUGCAUUAGUAAACCCGCUCACCUUUUUAAAUAUGCUUUUGUUCAAAAUAAACCAGAGCGACUUUUAAAGCACAUACAUUUACUUAGGCUUUUUUCUUCCCGCGCCUUAAUUUAAAUACUUCCUUUGCUGCUUUUUCUUUUGUUUUUAAAGAACAAAAACACCCCCCACAAACCAACCCAUAAACUCAGCUCUCACCCCUGCCCAUAUCCACUCUCUCCGCUGAGGAAAGGCCUUCUGUCCGACAUCCUUUGAACGUUCUGUUCUGAUGUAUCUAUAAAACUCUAAAAAAUAAAACCAGAAUUAUGGGCUGUAGAUGUCUUCACAGUGGUCGUGCUUGUUAAAAAGUAAAAAGUUGUUUAAAAAUAAAUAACGCCUCUCCAAGCUGUAAUGCACGAAAACCAGACAUACAAUCUAUAAUGGAAGCAUGGUGCUGUCUUCAGGGAUCCCAGAACUGGGAGAGCUCUGUAGCUCCGGACAAGUCGCUUCAGCAUCUGGACUUCAGCUCCCUUUCUAAAAUAUGGCACCUAGCAUUUACCUGUGUUCCCUAGAGCCUACCGGUAGUGCGUAAACUAAAGGUUAAAUAAACACAAAUAAAUUAACAAACCCCAACUAGAGAUGGCAGACAUCUGAAGGGGCUGUUAAAUAUUUAAGUAGUAGAAAUACAGCAGGAAUACUACUAUUUUCAGCAUGUAUUAGGGUCCAGAGCCCAGGACUAGCUGGAAAGUUCAGGAUUUUCUCUAUGAUAUUUUGUCCCGUAUUUUCCUAUCGAAUGUGUGAUUUCCCACACUGUCACAAGAAUUUAGCUGUACCUCUGUGUGGUAUCACGUAUUCUGACAAGGGACACCUCUCCAGCACCGGUGGUUCCUUUUUUUCCUUCCUUCACAUGGUGACCCGCCAUGGAAAAAGUCUGGAGUGUUUUUUUUCUGGUUAACCAUAUAACACCUCUUGCUUUGUGAUUCCUCCAGUAUUCUGUUUUAGAGUAAUUUAGAAAACACUCUAAUUCCCCAAUAACUAAGUGUGAAUAUAAAGGAAGUACUCUUAAUGUAUCCAAAUCCUUUUAGUCUUAAUAAACUAAGGUUGGUCAUAAAGGUAAGUGUUUCUUCAAGGGGACAAUGCAAUGAAUGAAUUAUUAAAGAACCAGAAAUUUAGAAAAGCCCUUGUAUUUGGCUCAAAACUUUUUCUUCAUCAAAGUGUCUCGUUCCCAGAAUGUUUACAUUAAACAGAAUAAGCAGUACUUACACAAU